AUGCCUCCAAUCAUUUGCCUUUCGACAGCUCACAGACACCGCAAGGAACUUUACGACAGGUUAGACGAAAAGUUGGUGCUCGAACCUUCAUUGGGCAACGACACGAUCGCUCUGGUCGAACUAGUGAAGCCCAUGCAAGCUGACAUCACGGUGACUCUUAUCGAUCCCAGUGGCCAAAAUGCGAACAGUGCUCAGAACAAAGACGAAAAAACAAGGAAGAUCAUCAUACCAAGCCCCGCGCAGCCCGGCGAAUGGACCAUUCAAGUGGAAAGCCCAGAGCCUGGACCGGUGGAGGUCAACAUCCAAGCCAAAUCCAAAGGCAAGGAUCCAAACAGCGAGCCGAUCCAGGUCGCCUGCCGAGUGGCCAGCCUGGAAGUUGGGAAACCUGACGAAGCCAUCAUCUACGUCGACGUCAACAAGGGCAGGAAGGCCGUCCUCGACGCAACUGUGUUCGCCGAGGUCACCGGCCCCAACGAACCGUACAAAGCUACGGUGCAACUUCGUGACGACGGUCGCGAUGCCGACGUCCAGGCCAACGAUGGAACUUACAGCGGGUACUUUGACGAGUUCACUGGCAAAGGGAGGUACGCCGUCACGGCUCACGUUUCGGGCGAUAACGAAACUCGAGUGAGUGGUCCAAAGAUUGCCUCUGGCGGCGGCAACACUAUGCUCCCCCUUCCAUCUGCCACAACGGAGCAAGGCGCCGAGGCGGAUCACGAAUACUCGAUCGACGACUUCAAAGAAGACUACUCGACCGCCGAAGUGGCAAACGAGACGUCGACGAGCAUUGAGCCUGCCGGUGCCUUUCUGAGGGUGGCGUUCGGAGGCUCCUUCCAGGUGACUGAAGACAUCAUGCAGAGUCAGGUGCCUCCAAGUGCUAUCAACGAUCUCACCGUGGUCCAAGUGCGCCUGGGAGCUAACGACACGUUGAAGGUGCAGCUCACGUGGACGUGGCCGGGAGCUCACCUGACAUACGGAAACGCUUCUGCCGUGGAGAUUCGAGCCAGCAAGGACGACACCAAGCUGGACUCGGAGUUUGAAAAGCAAGAAGAAAUGACCAUGGCUGACGUUGUCGAAGGCAAUCUCGACCCUCUCCCAGCCGGCAGCAAACACAAAGUGACCUUCGCGUUCGCAACCAAGUGGGCCACACUUCGACCUGACGGUGCCUUAGACUGGAAGAUAUUCCUGGCAGCUCGCGCGGCCAACAGCGACGGGCUCAAGUCCAAUACUUCUAACGUCGUGCAAGCGACGAACACGCCACCUCCUAUAACGACCACAGUGGCCGCUACUACCACGGUGGCCACUACUACCACAGUGGCCACUACUACCACGGGGGCCACCACAACGAAAGCAACUACAACGGCAGCAACUACAACGGCCGCAACCACAACGGCUGCAACCACAACGGCUGCAACCACGACAGAAGCCACUAUGAAGGCAACCAUGGCCCAUGGAAGUACUACGGAAGCGGCAACCACGACGGAAAGUACAACCACGACUACGGCCGGCGGGAAGCGCAUGCCGAACUCACCUGAACUCGCUCAACUGUUGAUGUGGGUCUUCAUUGGUGGUAUCGCAGUCAUUGUCAUUACCGCCAUGUUGUACGCGGUAUUCAGAGCGAGCGCGAAAAGCCAAAAAGCGGUCAGCCGACGGCGGAUUGUUCAACCUGCGUCUGCCGCUGAUUCAGAACUGCUUUAGUUCCUCAUAUAAUCAUUCUACAACGAUGAUGCAUGGUGAACUGUACAUCCGAAACGGUACAUUUUUGUGGAGCGACGCAACAGAAUUUCUGGACUUGAAAACUGUGGUAUGUGCAGCGGGUGCCCCAGCUGACUGCAUCAAAGCGUACAUCAUUGUCCAACUUUGUCAUGUGUUAUUAUUUUGUUUAAAAUAUUGUUGCUGUAGCUAACACAGCCAAUUUAUUAGCAGUAAUUCACGCUGCCGGGUGGCCCACCAAACAGCAAUCUUAAAAAUACAUUGACGAUGUAUUUGUGCCCUGGCAAUUAAACAUUGUUGAAUUACAGUGAGACACAAUGCUA